UUUUUUCUAAUGUCAACAACAUUGGCCAGAUUCUGUUUUUCCCCAAAUGAGGUUGAAUUCUGUAGAAUAUAAUUCAAUUUAAAAUCAAUUCUCUGAACAAGUGUAGUGCUUUGAAAAUAUAUUGAAGAACUUGGUAAGCAAUGCGGUUGGAGGUAAAAGUCGUAUAGACACUGUGAUGCGAAUACUCGUUCUGCUGUUCUACAAAUUUCUCGCACGAGUGCUGAACUUUUUGAACAAAUUUUUAAACGUGCCUAGAUUGCGAAAUCUCCGAGAGGUCGUAGAAUUAAGUGCCGAGGAAAUGAGCAGCGACGCUUCCACGGCAGUGGCCGAUUCUGACCAGGUAUUCUGCUUCCGCCCGUACGAGGUGAAACGCGUCAAGUACAAGAGCUAUACCAAAAACGGACGAUCCCGGCCUUUCGCAAGAAGCGGCCAUCGGAUUGUAUGCGAUGAUGCGGCCAUCUACUGUUUCGGAGGAUUUAAUCCAAAUAUGGCAGUCGUGACGGAAGACGAUGACGAUGCCGGAAGUCGGUGCCUGUUCCAGGAACUGUGGAAAUACGACAUCGUCAGAAAAGAGUGGUCCUUGGUAAUGGGUCCGAAUCACGUGCUGCCGCAAGAGCUGGCCUCGAACGCAAUGAUUUUACUUGGCGAAACCCUCAUUGUCUUUGGAGGAACUGGCUUUCCGUUUGGUGUAAACUGCUCAAAUCGUGUGUACGUCUGCCAGCCAGAAAAGAAGCCAAAAGAAAUGACCGAAGUGGAAGUCAAGGGGGAUUUACCUCCGGCCCAGUACGGUCAGGCUAUCGUGUACCACGACGGACAUUUGUACACGAUUGGAGGGACCGAGGGUUUCGAUUAUACCUGUGAUAUAUAUAGGUUAAACAUUUCGAGCAAAACGUGGGAAUGUGCGUAUGCGUGCCGACAGGACAUCCGUGAUGAUCCUCCCGGACGCUACCGUCACGAGAUUGCGAUUGACGAUGAGAGAAUCUACAUAAUCGGUGGAGGCACAAGCGAUUCCGCGUUCAGCUUGGCCUCGAUCCCAACCUAUCACAUUCGUGAAAACGUGUGGUCUUACACGGCCACAAAGCCGGACCCGAACUUGCCUCUACCAGGAGUUCCGACGGCUCGCAAGUGCCAUUCAUGCGUGCAAUACAAGACCGACCAGGGCACCGAGAUUGUCGUGGCUGGAGGUUACGACGGACGAACAUACUACGGAGACAUUUGGAAGCUUAAUCUUUCUUCCCUCCAGUGGCAGCUGAUGCAAAAGUCGGUUCUGCCUCAUCCGCUCUUUUUUCACGAUGCCGCGUGCAGCAGCGCAGGUUGUAUGUAUAUUUUUGGCGGGAUCAAGUUUAGCUCGAACAACAACGUUAGAACUAACAUAGUUUAUAAGAUGUGGACAACAAUUCCCAAGCUGAGCGAGAUCUGCUGGGAAGCAUUGCAGCAUUAUGUUCCCGAUAUGGCGAACAGAUCGACCUUGCCCGGUUUACUUUCAGUUGGUAUUCCAUUGAAAUUUGCAAAGCGUGUUCAUGAGCAAUGAAUCUUCAAGGAUAGUUAUUUUUCUGGAAUAGAAUUCCUGCGUUAAAAAUGCUGCUUAAUAAAGAGAUUCAAUUAUGA